AUGGACCGCCUUCCCAGUCUGACUGCACCAUUUUCAACCAGGCCCAUUCAACAGGGCUUUGUAGAUGACCCCUUCAGCCGAAAACAAAGACAUGCCCAGCUCUCCCACCCAACGAAAAGCAUACCACCGCGACCCAAACCACCUAGCGGUAAAAGCACUCCAGUAAACGUGCCCGGAUCUGCCGAUUUGGCCAAGACGAGCGAUCCUUUCCAGCCCUUCAGUGCCGACCCUGCUGAUCCGUUUCAGAGUAAAAAGGGGGUGGGAGAUCCGUUUAGUGGCAAAGACCCAUUUGCUCCAUCUGCCUCAAGAACUGAUCGAAUUAAGUUUGGGAAUGAAGCCCAGCAGAUGGAGUGGGCGAAGAGGGAAAGCGAGAGAGCGGAACGGGAACGGCUGAAGAGAAUGCGCCAGCAAGAGCAGGAAGACCUGGAACUGGCCAUCGCUCUCAGCAAGGCGGAGAUGUCCAAUGCCUGACCGCCUUCCCCUCACAUCCACCCUUCUGUACACUACAGCAAUGAUUGUGUGCGUGCGUGAUGGACCGAGAUAAUAUACAUGCAAGACCAUUAAACUUCUGUCCUUUUGUGUUCAUGUGCAGGAGUGCGGCCUAUGGUUUGUGAAUCAGCUAAUUCACUCGACAUGCACUGCAUUAACCUCUCAGAUGGAGUAUAUAGUUUAUUUAAAGUGUAUUUGUGUGAGUAAAUGUGCAUCAACAGAGCCAUGGACAUUUGAAGACCGUUAUUGGUCUCUGCAGAUCAUUAUCUCCACUGGUUUGGAAAAAGGAAUGAGAAACCGCUAAGAAAGUUGUGUUUGGAUCCCAGGUAGGGUCGAACAAGAAACUUGAAUUACCGUCGCUACACUCCCUCCUUUCGAGCCCUUGAGCAAGGCACUUAAUUCCAGGUUUCUUCCUGAAUUAAAUUGCUGUAAGCGUACUGUAAGUCGAUUUGGAUAAAGAGCAUCUGCUAAAUAAUAACUUUUACUGGCUCUUGCUGUAGUCAGUAUGGUACACACUGGAAUUACUGGAGCGCCUGCAGACCAAAUGUCUGUAAAAAGCUCUUGACGCGACGUAAAGCUGAACGAACGACUAUGUGAUUCUGGAAGUGUCGUUUGAGAGAACUGAUUGAUUCAGAAGAGAACCUGUUUUUUUUUUUUUUUUUUUUUUUUUUUUUACUGUACUUUUCAGAGAAGAAGGUUCAGCAAAACUGCACUGAUUUUUUUUUCUUUUUAAUUUUCCCAUAGUAAAUGGUUUAGCUGGUUGACACCACUGUAGGACUCAACAGUUAGGAUUUUUUAAAAUAUAUAUAAGAUAUAUAUAUAACAUUUUCUGUCGCUAUAUUGAUCGGUCUAUCUAUCAUUUUUUUGUCCAUUCUAUAUAUUGUUAGUUUGUGCUUUUAUCUUUCUAUCAUUUGUUCAUUAGUUCUACCUAUCAUGUGUUCUCUUGUUUAUCUAUCCUGCUCAUUCCUCCAUUCGUUCAUUCAUUUGUUCAUUCUUUCGUUCUAUAGUGUAUUUUUGUUCGUUCUGUUUUUUUAUUGUUUGUUUUUUGUUCGUUCUAUCAUUCGUUUGUCUAUCGUUCUAUCAAUCUAUCUAUCAUUCCUUCGAUUGUUUGUUUGUUCAUUCAAUCUUCUGAUCGUUCUGUCAAUCAUUCUUUGUUGGAUUGAUGUACAAGUUCAAUAAAUGUUGUGCUUCAGUCUUGUACAAAUCUUGAGAUUUUCAAACGCUUUCACACUGGCCAUCUUUUGAGCCAACCUCAUUGUUGAGUUCCGCAGUGGUAUAAAAUUUGGUUGCAUAAGCGGAAACAAGCGCCUCCAUGAGGGAGUUGGUAAAUGUUUAAUUUGUUUUGCUCUUUAGAUUUUCUUUAAUCGUCUUUAAUUUGUUACUACUUUUGUUUCUGAAAGCACAAUCCUGCAGUUGUGCUAGUUAGUAAAAUGGCUAUUGUUUGAACCCAUAAAUAGGCCAGAUGGAAAACCCUUUUUUUUGCAUUUUCAGUUAUUUUUAAUGCAAACAUCUGCAGAAAAGAUUUCAUGUGUUAAAAUGUUAAACAGAGUCAGGAUUACUAAACCUGUUGGUAGCUGAAAGCACAAUCAAUUUAGCCUAAAUAAAUUAAUGCGGCAAUGGGAACUUUGUGAAUUUAGGCAAAAACGUUGUUUAUUAAUUGCUGUUGUCGUUUAUUGUUUGGUUAGCCCUAUUUUUUAGUCGGUAUUAAAUUCGACUUGAGCGUUUUGGCGAUGGUACUUCCUGGCACAUUUCAAACCUGUGUUUUUGUACGAUUUAAUUAUCAUACUACGUAACAAUACACAA